UCUAAAUAUGCGCGAUAGAGCCCGCGCGAACAUUUGUGUACAUCCGCGUUCGUGCGGUCAGUUCGUUGUGUGGCCUAUCUUCGGUUUCGCUUGUGCGUGGCACAUUUCCGCAAUUUCUGUAGAACUACCAGCAGUAGUUUGUUUCACAAACGCACUGAUAAAGUAGCAAUACCCCACGUUUCAGCGAAACCGUGCAAGAAGCGCCAGUCCUGCGGGAACCAGUACCUGUAAAUGCAGCGUGAACGUGUCGAGCCCUCGAUGGAGGUGCCUUCUUGACAGUGCGCCGGAGAGGUCUCACCAUGUUCCAGAGGAACUCCGUUGUCCUGUCCACUAUUUUGUACCAUUCCAGGAAGAGGCAUCUGCUGGAAAGUGCCUGUGCAUCUACCUUCUUUGCGUCCUUGUCUAUUGUGCUUGCUACAAAUUUCACCAUGAAUACUUACCAACUCGCCCAACUAUCAGUUCUGCAACAAGGAGGUAGUUGGCACAGACUGGAGGAUGUCAUCGCUGCCCAGCAACAGUCAAGAGGCAGCAGUUGCAGCAGAAGUGCCUCAGUUGUCGAGAUAGUUGGGACUAUGCGACCACCCGGCUGCGUGCUCUCAUCCCACACAAGUGCAACCACACGGGCGGGAAUUCGCUUCGCUGCCACUAGUACUGCUUUUGGAGCUUUUUGCACAAGAGCAACUUCAAGUUACACCUGCACACACAUACAGUCGAGUAACUUUUUCUCUACGCUGGUUGACAUUCUUUGUGCAGGAUGACCACCUGAGCAGUCACUUGAGCAACUGCACACUGCGAUUACAUCAGUGUUAGACAGGUCGCUAAUCUGAAUAGGCACCACGAGAGCUUGGAACCAUGCUAGGUAAGUAACUAGCAGCCUAGGUGCACCUCGAGGAAUACACAGUUGGAGCUGGGACUGUGCAGUCGCAUUCCAAAUUAGAUGCAUCACGGUGCCCGUGGUCUUUAGAACUUCAAGACUGCAUGGCAACACCGACAUAUGAAGUGUUGAACUAAAGGUUGUCUCAAUUACUUGUAUUAACUAAACCAAUUUCUGCAUGUCUGUGCCACCGUGCAGUGCAGUUUUUCAGCCUCUUUGUCAUUGAGCUCUAACAUUCGGUUCACAUUGAAUACUGCCAUACAUAUAUGUGCCAUAAGCUGCACGAGCACGUUUACAUUCUUGUGGAUCAAAGAAGACAAAUGUUACUAUGUGUUGUCAGAAACUGCACUGCGAAGUCUCUUCAAAGGAUAUUCCAAGAGUAUUUAAUAAAGUCUCAUGAUGUUAGGAUUUAGCUGAGACUGGCUGAAUGAAGGUUAAAUGGGCAUUGUUUUGAUGAGAUUAUGCCUGUUUAAUGAAACUAUGUUCGUGUGUUGUUCCUUUACGUGAAGGCAUCACAAACUCAGAAGUGCACAUUUGGUAUGUUCAUAUACCAAUGCUGGUACAGCAUGGCGCUAAACAGACAGAAAAAGGCACAGAAGUCUGUCUGUGUAUAUGCCUAUUUUUCUGUCCUUGUAAACUUUGCCCUUUUUUAUUCUUCUGUUUAUCAUAGGCUGUGCAUGAAGUGUUGUGCCUUAAUGCUAGCCAGACAAGUUAAUUGUUGACAACACCCUUGUUUUCCUCUUUUGCUACUUGCAUGUCUGUCACUCAUAUUGAAAAAUAAUAUAUUUGCUCUCCUUAUAUACAAGGUAUCUACAACUUGGGGUAUUAGCUUUUUUAUCAGCUUAGCAAGUUUUCCAGCGCGUGUGACUACUUCUUUCUAUGUUAUUAUUUGGUGUAUGAUAUGAUUUUUUAAGUUUCAUCUUUUUCUUCUCUCUAAAUUCUAGCAGUUGUACUACUACUUUGAGAUUUUUUUUCUACUAUAUUCUGUUCGAGCUUGCUCAAUGUCUUCUUGGACGUUCCUUUGCAACAAUGAAGUAUUUAGGUGAGACUAGAAUUUAGUCAUCACGAUGUGUUUCGCAGUUCAAAAUUUGAUUGUGUAUAGGGAAUGUGCACCUUAAUUAUUCUUGAUAUUUGAAUGCUCGCACUAAUAGCAUCUUAACUUCUUUCAAUAUCAUUAGCUCAUAUUAAUUGUGUUGCAUGCAUCAAGAGAAUUUAGUGGUACCACUAAAUUACUAACAUUGAUGCUGGUAUUUAUGAGGAAUUUACUUUUGAGGGGGAUCUUUGAUGCAUGUUUUUUCAUCACAAAUAUGGAAUGUUCUGUAUUGUUGCACUGGCUAUGGUUGGCUAACGCUUAACAACAAACUUCCACGUCUACUAAAUGACUAUAAUGAAAAACAAAUCGAUAUUUGCAAACUAAAAUUUUCUAACUUGUACAUAUUCUUUCUAGUGUAACAUUGACCUCUGGAGCUGUUUAUGAUUUGUAUUUAGUUAUAUUGUUUUAAUCGCGCUAUUGCUACACGUACAUUGUUAUUAAAUAUUGUGCUGGCAUUCGAUAUUGAGGAGAAGUGACUUAUGUUAACGCAUGAUGCCCUAUGUAGGGCAAUAACUAGUGAUAAGUUUAAUUUUAAGGUUUUGUCAGAGUAUGACAAUUUUUUGUUUAAUAUGAUAGUUUUGUGAAAGUGUACAACCAUGUGAACAAAAUGUGUGUGCCUCUGCUGCUAUCUUUGCCAGUAUGGGGCGAAGGACUCCCUCAAGUCAUCCUUGAAAUCAAUUAAUCAAUCAAUUUAUCUAUUUCACUGGUUCAACUAGAGUACCAGAGCCGUGUUACCACAGAUGUGCCAUAUUUCUCCUGUUACAUUUGCAUGAAGCCAUACUUUGACUGAGCCAUGCAAUGAUAUACUGUACACAAUGCUAUUCUUGCUACUGCCGCCGUUAAACUUAACCCGAACAGGAACGAGCGACCCUCGUGGCCGUCAGUGCUGCACAGGAGCGCUGGCUACAAUCGAGACAAAACUGUGGCCAGGUAUGCGAUACCUGUCAACGGUUGCUCCGCUGACCCAGAGACAGACGCCGCGUGCACAUCCCCACUUCGGAGUUGCAUUUGCCGGAGGCUGCGUCGGCGCUUGGCCAAGGGUCAAUGUAUUCGUCCUCUCCAACAUCUGCCGAAGAUGUGAAGUCGCAGCAAGGACGCCUCCACUGCUGUGAUUUUUCCGACUGUGAAACUGGAGAACUGUUCUGUGUGAAAACGCAUCGGGGCCCACUCAGGCGAGCGUCGAUUUAAAUGCUAUUUGUGCCGGCAGAGCUUCUGGCAAAUGUCUAAUCUCAAGGACAACCUACUCCUCCAUACAGGCAAAAGCCAUUUCAGUGCCCUUCUUACCCUAAGAGCUUUUCUCAAAAUGGCGCUCCUGCUCAUCCACAUGGGUUUAGCUCAUCGCAGAGUCUUCUUGCCUUACUUUUUAGGAUCAAAGCAUUCAUCUUGCCCAACAACCAGCGAGGAUGACGAGUCGCGACAAGGACACCACCACGGUGAUGGCUGUGACUGUGAAACUGGAAAACUGUCCAAUCUGAAAACACGCAUCGGGGACAGCACAAAGGGGCGGCCGUUUGAAUGCCAUUUGUGCCCUCAGAGCUUCUCAAGCAGAUCCUUACUGAUCAGGCAUUUGCGCGUUCACUCGGGCGAGAAGCCAUUUCAGUGCCCUUCUUGCUCGCUGAGCUUCUCGCAGAAGGCCCAUCUUACCAAACACCUGCUUGUCCACACCGGCAAGCGACCGUUUCAGUGUCAUUUGUGCCCUUGGAGCUUCUCGCAGAACAGCAUUCUCAAGGAUCAUCUGCGUGUCCACACUGGCGAGCGGCUAUGUCAGUGUCAUGUGUGCCUUCGGAGCUUCUCACGGAGAUCCAACCUGAGUGUUCAUUUACGCAUGCACUCAGGCGAGCGACCAUACUGCUGCACCAUCUGCUCCAAGUCCUUUGUUGUGGCCAGUCAGUUGAAAAGACAUAUGAAAACAAAGCACCAGGACAACCCUGAGAUAUAGGCAUCAAUCCUCUCCAACAACUACCGAAGAUAAGUCGCAACAGAGACUCCUCCACCCCUUGGGCUUCUGUGACAUUGAAACUGGAAGACUGUUCUGCCUGAAAACAUGCAUGAGGGUCCAAACAGGAGAGGAGUUCUUUUAGUGCCGCUUAUAACCACAGACUUUUGUGAGAAGCAGCUACCUCAAGAGACACUUGCACAUGUACACAGGCGAGCCACGAUAUCACUGCAACAUCUGCUCCAAGUCUUUUGUACAGAUCGAUAACUUGGUAGACACAUAUGAAAAUGCAGCACUGUGAUGCUGCUGAAUAGGCAGCGGUUAUGUUGGUGUACUUUUUUGCUAAAUGGAGUCUGAAUGUGGAAUACACCUUGCACAGUUCACGUCACCCUUGUGUAGAGCGUAUGAUCAGUGGCCGCCAGCAAGCUUCCGGAACCAGCCAGCGACGUCCGACGGUAGUUGCUGGGCCCUGGAUUAGAUGCAUCUGGGAAUGUAUGGCCACACUUACAGACAAGCCUUGCUCUUUCACCGCUCACAGAAGCGGACGAUUAGCUGAGCGUCAAUAUGAAGGCACUUAUCUUCUUGGUCUCCUUCAAGUUUACUCCUCCCUGAACAAUCAUUUUUGUGAGUUAUGAGCACUUAGCCAGGUUAGGGCAUUGCUAACAGACAAGCACGGCAAAUGGGUCACAUGAUGACAGUUACGAAACCUCGAGCGAAACCUGCUUCUUGCUGGAAAAUCAGUGCUGCACACAUACAUGCCUCUAUGUAGGAUGCACUGUCCGCAACAUCAUUAAUUAAAUCUUGUGACUCGUUAAGCGUCAAAUGCAGAAUGCACUAAACCAACACGGGAAGUAUGUCCUGCUGUGAAAGAUUAACAAAAAUAAUAAAGUAGGCUAGGCUACCGAGAUGCAUGUGAUGCAAUCCUGCGUCUUCAGUAUAGAAUUCUGCAGGGAAGCAACAAGAAGUAGUCUGUGUCAGACUGCACUAUGCCAUAACAAUCCUAGUGAAGCUAGCCCGACAGGAAAAUAUCAAUUGAAGUAGUGGUCCUCUGGUUCAAUACUGUGUGGCAAAAUUGUGCUGUGGCAGAAUGAAGAGAAGCACCAGUUAUGACGUGUGUCAAAACGAUAAUUGUUGGCCAUCAUCUUGUUGAAAAAGCCAGCUUCGUUGUCUCUAGGCAAGGUCAUGGUGUAGCCAAUGACAUCACAAACACAGGGUGGCCAGUAAAACAUCGUACAUUCUUUGCCAUGAGUCAGGAACAUGGAAGAGAUCUUUAAAAUUCAUUUGGUCAUUUUUAGGGUACCAGUCCUGGUUUCACUGAUGGGCCAUGUUUCUCUAAUUAUGUUUGUAUAAGGUCGUAUUUCGACAGCCAUGCAUUGCUAAAUACACUGUGCAUAAUGCCAUUGUACAAGUGGUUAAAGUAUGCGUCAAACCCGUACCUUAUCUCUCGAAAAGAUUAUCCAAGAUCGCCUUUGUGCCAGCCUUUGAUUGGAGAGUUUGUGAGUGCUAAAAUCACUGAUUUCAUAGCAUGUGUUCUUUUGUUCUAAUCUCGAAGAAUUAGCUCUGCUUUGCUUACUAUGUUUAUACCAUGUAAUUAAGGUAUUGUAUGGAGUACUAGACGGUUACCAUACGCAAUUUAUUUUAUGCUGUACAAUGCCUGCUGUUUUCUAUUCUUUCCUGUGGUAAAAGCAAUUGUUUACUAUGGUGCAUCAUUAGUUGUUUUCUACGAUAGAUGUGGCCAUAAAGUGCAUUGAUGGAC